CGCUGUUCGAGUCCGCUUUCUCUCACUCACUCUCACUCAUUCCCUCUCUCCCUCUCUCCCUCUCUUACUCAGCACUGUGAGGUCCUGAUGCCACAUCGAACUCAUUGAUUGCACCUGAUCAGGCAGGCAUCCGCAUCCGCAUCCGCCUUCACAUUGGCUUCCACAUCAUUCUCCUCCCCGCUGCGGCGCCUCACGAUACUCCCGAGACUCUCGAUUGAGACAUCUGCUUUGGUUUGGACUGCUGGCGGCAUUGGACUCGGCGCCAUUCGACGCCAUUUACACUGCACUACUCGUCCAGAUUCACCAGCCAAGGUUGGAAGGGGAAAUCACGGGCAGGAGGAAAGAGGAAGCCAAGGAGAAAGAGAACCUGAAAGAGAAAGAGACGUGGUCCAGGAAAAGGGAAAGUCAGAGCAGAGAGAGGAGGCCAAGCCGCCUCAGGUCUUGUCAGCGCUGGGACAUCUCCUCGCAGGCUACACUGCUACCCAGAACAUCGCACCAGAGCCAGCAACUCGUGGCGCUGCGGGAGAGGCCCAGCUCUUGACCCAGUUCGAGCCCGUCCUGCGCACCUGGGAUCCAGCCGAUAGUCCUGUCGCGCGCUGGCGCCAACGCGGUCGGUUGGGAGCGAAAAGUGACCCAGAUCAAGACCCACACCAGUCACGACAGUCACGACCGCGCAAACCAGCUGUCGUCUUUCGGGGGCAUCACAAGAAGCUCCUCGGGUGCCCAACACCUGCUGACUUUGCGAAAUUCAGCCAACCCGACUGGAAGAACGACAGAAAGAUGCGAUCGUUCGUGCAGAUUCUCACCACCCCCACGGCAGACACCCCGGGCACCACUUUACUUCUGCACUUCGACAAUAGGCGCUAUUUGAUCGGCAGUCUUGCCGAGGGAACCCAGCGAGCAUGCGUGGAGAUUGGCGCCAAACUGCUGAAGGUCUCAGAAUGCUUCCUCACCGGCAGGACGGAAUGGACAAAUACUGGGGGCAUGAUUGGCAUGAUCCUGACACUAGCAGAUUCAUCUGCAUCGAGCGCAGCUGCGUCACUUGAGGAUGCGAAACGGAAGGCCCGUAUAAGGGCCAAGAUUGGAAUCACGGACAGUCCAGAGAAGAUACGGGAGCUCGAGGAGCAGGCGAAGAAGGAAGUGAAUUCCGCGCUGACCAUAUUUGGGCCGCCCAACCUGAACCACACGAUGGCCACUGCGAGACGCUUCGUCUUCCGGAAAGGAAUGCCUAUCAAAAUACACGAGAUCCGCGACAACGGUCUCCCCAAGCAGGCACCGCAAGAUGAUGACUGGAAACCAUUCUGGGCUGAUGAGCACGUCAAAGUCUGGUCCAUGUCAGUGCCGCCGACGUCUGAUACCCCUCAAAGGCCAUCUGCAUCCAUCAGCCCUCUGAAACGAAGCUUUGACGACAUGCGUGCUGGAGAUGAUGGUAACGUGGUACAAGUUAAUGAUGACCUCACUCAGGAGGAUCGUGACUACCUCACGGUAAAGGCUGUUGUUGGUGAAAUGUUCAAUUCAUCGUGGCGACUAGAUACGCUCCAUGAAACUCCUCUUUCGCAAGUCAAGCUUCCCGCCACCAUCUUUAUUCGUGAUCGCCGAACGAACAAGAUCCAGAAAUACACAGGGCCGCUGCCCAAUGAUCCCAAAAAUCCAAUUCCCAAUGCAAACUUGACUGUGCUGGUGCGCAAACCGUGGCCUGGCGCUCUGGUCACAGACUUACCCCAGACGAAGCCAGCGAAAGAGGCCAUCAGCUACAUUUUUCGCACUCACAUGCAGCGAGGUAAGUUUCUUCCGGAGAAAGCCAAGGCGAGGGGUGUCACGCAGGUCAAGGACUUCGCCAGACUCACCAAAGGAGAAAGUGUCAUGAAUGACCGGGGAGAAUUGGUGGCGCCGGAAGAAGUGAUGAAUCCACCUCGAGUAGGCGGUGGAAUUGCUGUUAUGGAUAUUCCUGGUCCCGAGUACAUUGAAAAUCUCGUCUCUCGCCCCGAGUGGCAGGAGCCAAAGGUGAUGGAAGGUGUUGGAGCAGUGAUUUGGCUGUGCGGCAAGGAUGUGGCUACUGAUGUGAGGCUGCACGCUUUCAUGAAGGAACACUCGCACCUGGAGCACAUUGUAUCCUCCCCAGACUACUGUCCGAAUAACAUAGCGUUCAACUCGGUCGCCGGCUCGACAAUUCGACUCCGGAGAGUCGAUCCAGCUCGCUAUGUUGUACCGGUGCACGACGGGGAAGGACAACAAUCGUCGCAACCAUAUGGCGGUACUGCCAGAUAUCUGGAGACCCGUGCAAGCCACCCUCUACCAGAGAAGGUGCAUAUUGCCGCACGUGGGCAAAAGGUACAGCUGGAGCCCGCACUGGAAUUCCAAGCGGCAGAUACUAUCGCGUGUCUGGAUGUGGAAGCAGCUGCAGCGGAGACUCCGGAGGAGGUGAUACAGGAAGCAGACAAGGCCAAGCAGUCCAUCAAGACUCUCGACACGGAGACGAUGGAGUGGCUGAAUACUUUACCUCCGGAUGCUGAUCAGGCAGAGAUUACCACACUCGGAACCGGGUCCGCACUUCCAUCCAAGUACCGCAAUGUGUCAUCCACAUUAGUGCGCGUGCCAAAAUGGGGCAAUAUUCUUCUGGAUGCAGGCGAGAACAGCCUCGGUCAGCUGAAACGUGUGUUUGCACCAGCAGAGCUGAGUGAAGUGCUGCGCGAUCUCAGAAUGGUCUUCAUUAGCCACAUGCACGCUGACCAUCAACUCGGCACCACGAGUAUCAUCAAAGCGUGGUACCAAGAAGUUCACUCGAGCCGACCAGCGGGGCCUGUUUCACAGUCGGCGACAUGGAAUGAAAUCUUGGCGGGUCGUGAUCGUUUGGCGGUCGUCACGGAACCUGCCAUGCAGCAGUGGCUGUAUGAGUACAGCUUCAUUGAAGACUAUGGGUACUCGCGCUUGGCACCUCUGUCGUUGCACCCAGCGCAGGAUGUACGUAAAGGUCACAAAUCGCGCCUGAUUUGGCAUAUCCCUCCUGCUCAGCUGAGGAACCUGAGUCCUCGGGAGUAUGAGGAUAAAUUCGACAAGCACAACGUUCCAGUGUCGGCUCUCCAGUUGAAAGAUUUGCAAGCUGUUGCAGUCAAGCACUGUCACGCCGCGCGAGCCGUCAGUAUUACGACGCCAUCUGGCUUUAAGGUGUCAUACUCGGGAGACUGUCGGCCUUCGGAAGCAUUUGCAGAAAUUGGCAAGGGCAGUACAGUGUGCAUUCACGAAGCUACAUUUGACGAUGAGUUGCAAGGCGAUGCACAAGCGAAGAGGCAUAGCACGACAUCGGAGGCGUUGACCAUUGCACAAAAGAUGAAUGCACGAGCGUGUGUGCUGACGCAUUUCAGUCAACGAUAUCAGAAAGUGCCUGUCUUCGAGCGCAGUGAGGGCGAGGUUGGCGAUGUUCUUCCCACGAACAGUGCCGCCGAUGUGCUGGCGGAUGACGAGGCGACCCAUGCUGAGGAUGAAAUGUCUGGACCGCUCGAGGACGCGGCUUUCACGUUUCCCGAUCAGGCCACAGGCAAUGAUGACCCUGGCCAGCAGUAUGAGCUCCCGAGCAAGUAUGCAGGGAGCAAACCCGAGGCAGUCAAGUUUAAGCUGCAAAGCGAUAUGAAGGUCGCGAUCGCAUUUGACUACAUGCGGCUCAAGGUGGGCGAUAUUUGGCAGAUGGAGCGGUUCACACCUGCGCUUCUGAAGCUGUUUGAGGAGGAGAGCAGAGAGACUGCUGCGGCCGGCGAUGGUGGUGGUGGUGGUCGUGGUGGUGGUGGUGUCAAUGCCAAGGGCAAAGGGAAGAAAAAGCAAAAGGGCAAGGCGAAGAGCCAGAGGAAGAAUUGAGAGGGCCUUUGUUGUGUGUGUGUUAGUAAAGGAGGGGCGCUGAUCCAACGCCGACGAUAGAUGGCACACUGUCUAGAGUAGUAUAUGAUUCCAUUGAUGAGUGUCGUGCUCGUUGCUCAUACCAAGCACGGGAACAUGGCC